AACCACAAGUUUUAACUAAGCCUAUACCGAACACUUGAGUUCUUCCAUGUCUUGUGGUUUUCAUCUUAAUUGUAUGACAGGCGGAAGUUUAAGGUGGAGGAGAAUACCAACGAUAAAAGCCUCAUGAAUGAUUCUCAAACUUAUUAGUCAAGGGCAAGAAAUUUUCUCAUGUGUUAUGGAACACGUCCACCAUAAUUUGAUAUCUUGAAACCUGUGCAAGUGGGAUCUAAUAAACAGAAACAAAUCAGAGAUUUUACUUGCCUAGAGUCUCCUAAAGGAGAUACCAUGGAAGCCAUUGCAAAAUUUGACUUUAAAGCAUCAGGAGAGGAUGAGCUAAGUUUUCAGGCACAAGAUGUUCUGAAGAUCUUAAGCUCUCAGGAAAAUUGGUACAGAGCUGAGCUGAAGAAUUAUGAGGGAUAUGUCCCAAAGAAUUAUAUUGAUUUUCAGAUUCCUGGCUGGUUCCAAGAGACAGUAUCCCGUCACAUGGCUGAGACGAUGCUCAGGGAUAAAGGAGUUGGAGCUUUCAUAGUCCGAGCUAGUCAGAACUCCCCAGGAGAUUUCUCUAUCUCUGUCAGGCAUGAAGAGGAUGUCCAGCAUUUUAAAGUGAUGAAGGAUACAAACAACAAUUAUUUUCUAUGGACUGAAAAGUUUCAAUCACUAAACAAACUUGUGGAGUAUUACAAGAAUGUUUCCAUCUCCAAAAACAAACAGAUAUUUCUGAGAGAAGACAUCAAAAAAGGAUCACAAGUAAACCUUAGAGAGGAAGCAUGUGAUAAGAACCAAUAUAAAAAGGAGCAGGAAGCACUCCAUCCAUCAAUAAAAGAUGCAAGACCAUCAGAGCACAAUAAAUAUGAGGAUCCUUUUGCAUCUUGGCAUCAUAAGCAGAAUAGACAUGGCAGAAGUUUGGAUAUUCAAGAUCGGCCUAAGGGCCCAAAAGAUUGUAGAGACCCAACUGCAUUAUCUAUGUUCCGGAGACACACUGAUCCAGUACAACAAUUACAGAGGCCAAAAUGGGUCCGUGCCUUGUAUGAUUUUGAGGCGGCAGAGGGCGAUGAGCUAGGAUUCUGCAUUGGAGAUGUCAUAGAAGUUCUCGACAAUUCUGAUGAAAAUUGGUGGAAAGGCUGUUUACGUGGAACGCUUGGUCUAUUUCCCGUUAACUAUGUGCAGCCAAUUAACUAGUAAAUUGUCAUUGUUUGUGAUGGGGGGGUUAAUAAGAAUGUGCCAUCAUAUAAAUAGCAGAUACUCUUAAAA